AUGGUUGCCAAGCUUGAGGAAGACAUAACGGGAGCUAAAGCAGAGUUCGUCGAAGAAGCAGUUACCGAAGAAAAACCAGAACCAUCGGAACUAGCAACUGAAGUUGUUGAGAAGAAGGCAGUCAAUGCUGUCGAGGAAAAGGUAGAAGCAGUAACAGUCAGUAAAGAACCAGAGCCCUCUGAACCAGCGACAGAAGUUGUUGAAAAGCAGGUUAUCGAAGUUGUUGAGGAAAAGGUUGCCAAGCUUGAGGAAGACAUAACGGAAGCUAAAGCAGAGUUCUUCGAAGAAGCAGUUACCGAAGAAAAACCAGAACCAUCGGAACUAGCGACUGAAGUUGUUGAGAAGAAGGCAAUCGAUGCUGUCGAGGAAAAGGUAGAAGCAGUAACAGUCAGUGAAGAACCAGAGCCCUCUGAACCAGCGACAGAAGUUGUUGAAAAGCAGGUUAUCGAAGUUAUUGAGGAAAUAGUUACCAAGUUUCAGGAAGACAUAACGGGAGCUAAAGCAGAGUUCGUCGAAGAAGCAGUUAUCGAAGAAAAACCAGAACCAUCGGAACUAGCGACUGAAGUUGUUGAGAAGAAGGCAAUCGAUGCUGUCAAGGAAAAGGUAGAAGCAGUAACAGUCAGUGAAGAACCAGAGCCCUCUGAACCAGCGACAGAAGUUGUUGAAAAGCAGGUUAUCGAAGUUGUUGAGCAAAAGGUUGAAAUGCUUGUGGAAGAUGUAGCGGAAGCUAAAGUAGAGUUCGUCGAAGAAGCAGUUACUGAAGAAAGACCAGAACCAUCGGAACUAGCAACUGAAGUUUUUGAGAAGAAGGCAAUCGAUGCUGUCGAGGAAAAGGUAGAAGCAGUAGCAGUCAGUGAAGAACCAGAGCCUUCUGAACCAGCGACAGAAGUUGUUCAAAAGCAGGUUAUCGAAGUUAUUGAGGAAAAGGUUGCCAAGGUUCAGGAAGACAUAACGGGAGCUAAAGCAGAGUUCGUCGAAGAAGCAGUUACCGAAGAAAAACCAGAACCAUCGGAACUAGCAACUGAAGUUGUUGAGAAGAAGGCAAUCGAUACUGUCGAGGAAAAGGUAGAAGCAGUAACAGUCAGUGAAGAACCAGAGCCCUCUGAACCAGCGACAGAAGUUGUUCAAAAGCAGGUUAUCGAAGUUGUUGAGGAAAAGGUUGCCAAGGUUCAGGAAGACAUAACGGGAGCUAAAGCAGA